AUAGCUAGCUACCUAACGCUGCAGUCAAGAAACGUUUAUGAGAAAUAUUCAGUUGGUGUCUCAGUAGAUGGCGAUAUUAAUCCAAAAGCGACUUUAAAUCGUUUAACAAUUGUAGAGCACACAAUACCUACAAAGCACAGCUAACGCUAACAAGCGGAACGAUUGUCUUAUAUUUUAAGGAGAGCAGGUUAACACCAGGAUAUCACUUCAGCGAUUCGAGUUGUAUGCCUUAAGAAUGGAUCCCUUGGCGAAUAGUACUAAACCAGCUGAUUCCUCUUCUGGAAACCCGUUGAAGGAGCCUUUAACGCCGUACAUGCUGGCCAAGAUAGAGCGAAACCGACAGCGGGCGUUGAUGCUGAGGCAAGCCCGACUCGCCAGCAGACCGACAUCCGAUGGAGAAGGCGCGACUACAGCCAAAGUGUCGAAAACCGUCGAUUCUGGGGCGGGAUUCUUCAUCGAUGAACCGCCAGAGGAGGAAAACGACCAGCGGACUGUGAAGGUGGUGAAUCAGCUAGCUCCAGUUAUAGAGCCAGAUUAUCUGAUCUGUGAAGAGUGUUUGAAGCCAUUUAUGGACUCGUAUCUCAGCAACAGUUUUGAUCUCUCUGUCUGUGACAAAUGCAGAGACAACGAGGUGAAGCACUGUCUGAUUUCCCGUACGGAGGCAAAGCAGCUUUUCCUGUUGAAGGACUGCGAUUUGGACCAGCGUGAGCCAGCGAUACGCUUUAUACUGAAGAAAAACCCCCACAACCCCCGCUGGGGAGACAUGAAGCUAUACCUAAAGACCCAGGUGGUGAAGCGAUCUCUGGAGGUCUGGGGCAGUGAGGAGGCACUGGAAAAAGCUAGAGAGAGUCGCGAGGAGAGCAGGGAGGUGCAGAAACAGAAACGCUUCAACAAGAAGGUCAAAGAGCUGAGACGAGCAGUGCGGAGCAGUAUGUUUAAGAGGGACACAAGUGUCCAUCAGCAUGACUACGGCCCGGAGGAGCUCCUUAACGAAGAUGAGGACCAGUACAGGAAGGUGUGCGCCACCUGUGGACACCAGCUCACUUACGAGAAGAUGUGAACAUGCUCCAAACCGCACCGGUGCUCACUCCGUAGGGAGGAGAGAAAGUGCGCACUAUGCAGAGUGUGCGAGGGCUUCGGGUCAGCCUCGGAGCAGAUGGAGGAAUCGGCCACUUGAGGAUGGCUAGGGCUGUGUGUGGGAGACCGUACUGCAGAGAUCACAACGAUGCAGACAACCUUCACCGUACCGCAGAGAUGUGGUUUUCCCUGAACGUUUUUCUCCUUUUCUUUGUCCAUUGUGUCUCUCAUUCUUUUGGAUAUGUUUCUCUCUCAUAUCCAUAAGUACCUGUCAGGGAAACUAACUGACUUUCUUUCCUGGAAUCUUCCAUUCUCAUUCCUGUUACCUACCAAACAGUGGCAUCAGCCUCAGAACUUGUGUGUGGUGAGUUGUUGUGGGUUUUUUUGUUUUUGUUUUUUUUGUUUGGUUUUUAAAUGGUUAUUCUUCACGUUCAAAAGUACCGCCUUUUAGAUGCCGUUUAAGUGGUAGCCGUUCACAGAGCGGUCGGCCCGCGUCUCGUGAGCGCAGUGGUACAGCACUUGGAGCAAUCAGGAUGGUGUUCAUGCAGUCCCAGCUCUGAACAGCAGAUUUCACUGCAGAGCAGCUGUCGCUGUACAUAGGUUUUAAAAAAACAAAUACUUCUUUUUUUGUUUUAAACGCAACCAACUUAAAUUUUGCAUUUUGAAUGAGCACUUUCAGUGAUCACUACAGUGUAAGUCUUAAAUCUUACUUUCCUUGACAAUUGUUACAUUGUGUGUAUUUAACAUUUAUGAUUUUCUAUGAAUAAUAAAUUAAGUACUGCCAUAAAGAA